AUGGGCUCAGCGGCAUUCCUCCGCGCUCGCGGUCGUCAGGCGCUGCUCACUUCGCCUUCGGCUUCCGCUUCGGUGACGAUUGAUCUCGGUGCCUUGCGCAAGUGUGUACGACACCAAGAUACGACGCCGAGAGUCGCCACAAUCGCGGUCAACACGGCCCCCAUCCAACCGGCGGCCGAGAUUCGCCAAAUCCCUUACUCGCGCCCCUCUUCGAUCCGUCGGCGUCUGAAGAAAGGCUUUCGUCCUCCACAAUCCAAUACGUCUAAAAAGUCAUCCCCCUGGUCAAAAGACCCAAAAAGCCCCCAAGGGUCCCAACCCGCUGGCAUCAAUGUGUCACCACGGCCAAUUAGUGUCUGA